AUGGCCCCUCGUAAUCGAACCAACCUUUCGCGUCCAACAAAUCGACUGAAGAAACCUAGGAACGAAGCGAGUCAAUCUGCUCAAGAGUUGUCUGAAUGGGAUGAUAAUGAAGAAAAGUGGUGUGCAAAAGAAUGUGACCUGCUCAGCCGUGCACUCACCCAGCCGGAACCAGCUACAAACAACCCCUGGCCCAAUGAGAUUGAGGGUGAUCAAUUUAUUGGCGGUAACGACGGGUAUUAUGACUUUGAUGACGAUGCUCACACACCGCCUCAUGAGUCAUCAGAUUCAGGAGCAGAAUCUGAUGAUUCUGUGCACUCACUUGCUUCCGAUACUGACGUUGGUGUCGUGGGUGCUCGGAUAGCGGGGGAAUACAACCGUCGGCGUCGAAUACGAGAGGAAAGGCAAUGGGAGGAGGUCCUUGAACCAAUGUUCAAAGUCUUCAUGCUAUGCAAACUCCUCACAUUCAAUUGGACUGCUUCCGCCUAUAACAAAUUAGGAAUAGCGGAGAAAACCCGAGGGGAAAAGCUACAGAUUCUUGUUGAGCUCGAGACAAAACGUGGAUAUUCCCACAACUAUUUUGCUGAUCAAUGGGCUCGUCAAAAAAGAAUACAGGCAGAAGUCAUGAAUGAUACCAACACAAAUCAGCUGAAGCUACAACUUGAGGACUUGAUUGAGCAUGAAGAGGAUCUGAGAGAGAUCAACUUCAGGGAGAAAAUGGACAACCUACGCCGCAAGCAACGCAGAACAGCAGCUGAAAAUCGUACACUGGCAAGCUUGCCAGGACAUAUUGCAUUUUUGGAAGAAGAAGUUGAGAGAAUUUCAUUAGAACUUGGUGGCGACAAGUUCAGACACAUACCCAAGUCCAAAGGAUGGGACCCAACCGCCAUGGUUCUUCCAAUAGAAUUAGUGCAGGGCAGCAAGGCAUCUCGGAUUGUUAACAAGACAAAUUGGGAGGAGUGCAGCGAUACCUUGGAGUCUUUAUAUCAUGGGCUCUUUCUUGAUCAUGCCCGUCUGAUCUUUAGAUGGGACACCUACCUAGUGUCCCUUCUGCACAACACUCGGCAAUAUUCUGAAGCCAGUAUUGCCGAAGACCAAGUUUUGGAGGCUCAGUGGAAGAACAUGCUACAUACCACUCUUAAUGGAUGA